UCACGCUUGUGCUGUUCUGAAGCACCAAUGCGCGCGGCGCCACAAAUGUUACAUCACGAAUCGAGAUUUUUUUAAAAAAAAUGCAAUGGCGUAACCGGAAGGAGAGGCAGCGAUGGAGGACGCGUGCGGGCGCACGACCGCGGCAGUCACGUCCUGCUGGGGCCGGUUCGGCGUGGCGGUGCUGUGGCGCAGGCUCAUCAGGCGCAUGAGCUGGCCCCGCCGGCGGUACCGAACGUACGUCCUCGGCGCCGGCGGCCUCAACUACGACCCGCUCAGCUACUCCCAGAACUUCGACGACGACGGCAAAGUCUGCGAGUGCGAGCCCGGCUUCUUGGCCAGGUACGGCGCCCUCGCGCGGCUCGCCGGCUUGCCGGGGCAGGCGGAGCCACCAUCGAAUCCUUGAGCCGUUUGUGCUUCCAGGCGGAGUUGGCUGAGUUAUGGCACAUCGCAUGCAGCCGCCCCGGCCGGCGCAGCGCAAGUCUCCGGCAUGAAGAGGCAUGGGGUGAUGGGGGCAAGGGGAAGCCCAAGAGCCUCGCAGCCGCCUUCCUUGCAUUCGCGCGGACUUCCGGCGGCGGCGAGGAUAUGGGUUACAUGUAUAAUUUUAACUCAGAUCUCAGAGUAUGUACACAUGUACCUAUACCUACACGGCUACUCGAAGUAUGUUACCAUCAUAAGACUAAGGCGACUAAGGCCUUGUUUAGUUUCUUCCCAAAACCCAAAAUUUUUAUCGAAUAUUUGAACUA